UUCUUUUAUCAUGUUUUAAUAUUGCUCAAGUUCGGAAAUUUUCUUUUUCUUUUUCUUCAAGAAAAUCUCAAAAUAGGGUGCUUUCCCGAGUCUCCUGCAUAUCGGGAGUUCCGGGUAUCUCCAGGAAACUAUCGCCCGUGGAGUCUCACACCGUACGAUUGCGUAAGACUUUGUGGCGACUUGAAAUAUCCUCUCUCUGCUCUACAAAAUGGCAACUUGUGUUUUUGUGCAAGUACUUUUAAUUCCUCGCGACAGCAAAGCUCAAACUGUACCAUAGACUGUACUGGCGACAGCAGCUACCACUGCGGUGGAACUUGGGAGAAUUUAGUGUACAACUCGAGCUCCUUCAAAGACGAACUAGUGAUAAACUACUCCAGUUCUCUAACCGUUUUCAAGUGGAUUAAUUUAAUUGCAGUUUUUGUCAAUAGAAGCUCUCCCGCACUACAUGUGGCUUUUAAUAUCGGAGAUGGCAAUGGGGAAUUUCUUGGGGAGAACGCGGAAUUUAGAUUUAGAGCUGUUUAUUGGGGAAAAAUCAUUGUCAAGGCUCAAGUAUUGAAUGCAUUCUCGGUGGGUUUUGUUCAGCGUGAUAUUUUCAUUAAAGCUUUCCCAGGGAGAGCAGAGUUGAAUUGCCCUUCGACUGUUAGUACGGAACACACUUUCCACUGCACAGCGAAAAUUUACGAAGGGACAACAUUAGCGGCAACAUGGAUGUUUCAAAAUGGAAGUGAAAGGAAUAUUUCCUUGCCAAGUAAGUUUCAAAAUGCGUUCAUGUUUGUUUUGGUGAUAAUGGAUUUUUCAUUUAAUUCAAACCUUCGGUUGGUUCGCGACCGCACAAAUUUGACAGAGUUUGUUUUGAAAAGAUAAAACUCAACAAGAAUUAUGACGCGGAGGUUAUGAAAAAUAGCAUCUUGAUUAAUAUGACAUUUCAAACAAAGCUGAGUAAACGAAACGCAUUUAUGUGUGUGAAAAUAAAGAAUGUAAUCUACAUUUUACAUUUUAUUCUUAUUCCAGGGGAAAGAUACAACAUGUCUUUAAGUUUCUAAGCAACCCGUCAGGUUGUAAGUCAAAGGUUUCCACGAAAUUUGAAUUGCUCUUCUGUUGUUAUCAAGCCUUGUUUUCCUUUAAUUUAAAACGUACAGGUUAUUUCAUAACCUAGAUUGAUAUAUGUUAUUGCAAUGAAACAUCCUACAUAUAUAUCGUAGCCUUUUUUGUUUAUUUUCCUCAUUCAUAAAGUUCUGACCGUCUUUGUUUUGAUUGACACUAUCAAACAAUAUUAGUCUUGCUUCGAAAAAUUGCGCCGGAUUUUCUUUCCGUCUCGUACAAAAAAUGGAAAAUGAAACAGAUAAUUUUUUCUCGGUUCAUUCGUGACAGCGAACCUUUUCGUGAUUGUUCACUUUAAUUUUUGAAGAAUAUUUCACUUUACUUAUCUAUAUUAAAAGAAAACAUUACGCUUGUGCGAAUGAGUUUGGUACCUAUUCCAGCUGAGUCGAGGCAAGUAUCUCCUGCGCCCAGGUUUGCGUAGGUUGUUGAAAUACAGAAGAGAUAUUACAACGUUUUAUUUACGCCGUUGUUAAAAGCACAUAAGCUGUUAACGAUCCCAGAAACAUUAUGGCGAUUUUUUUUGUCGUCUCCGCUAAUGUAAUGGACUUUUUGUUUAAAGUAAAUAUUCAGUAAUUUCCUACGCCGGACAUGCGUUUAUUUGUCUUAAUUUAAAUAAUAUCGAAUGAAGUCCCCUUCUUUAGUAAACAAUUUUUUUUUAAAAUAUCAAGUACAAAUGUUAAAACUAAGAUCAAAAGCUAAAUUAUCCAUAAAAAUAGCAACAUCUGAAAUGUCAAUUUAUUAAAAAAAAAAAUGUAGCAAUGUGGAUAAAUCUCCUUGUCCAGCAGGAUUUUGUUUCAAUGUCAAUAAGCGAGGAAGCUUCGAGCUCCGUAUCGAAAUCUAAAAUCUGCGAUAAUAUCUCGGAAAAGACAAAAGUCGAAGACACAUUUCAGUCAAAAUUGGCAACUAUCUCCGAAAACUUGAUACUUAUUGAGAUAAUCAUCGAUACUGUUUCCGAAAAUUUCGUUUAAGUAGAACCCAUCAAAACUAUCCGCGUGUUCAAAUGUUUUAUGAAAGGCUCAUCUUUUCCAAAAUGGUCAAGAAAUCUUUAAGAGAAAUUACUUUUUGGAGAAGGAAAAUUACACUUGUCUUGAGUAUCAUCAAUAAAUUUAAAACAAAUUUUGCUUUAUUUUGUAUAACUUGAGAUAAAUAUACAUGAUUGCUGGAAAUUUUUUAAUUUAACCACAGGUAGCCCCUAGCUAUAGAUGAAAGAUUACAAAAGCGAUCGUGUUUUUUACGGAACCGUCGUAUUUUAAAACAAAAAAGUGUCUGGGAUUGAAAAUGAUAGCUAACCUCAAUAUAAUCGCACGUGUUUCCUGCAGGUGUGACUCUUGGGUUGAUUCACAGCCAUUUAGGAAGCUUUUACCUCCUACGAUUUUUCUUUCAUCAAUUUUUUUCCCGCGUUAGGUUACGAAUAGCAACCGCAGGCUUCAACCUCGGGGAAAAUAUUCGAUCGUCUCCCAUUUCCUCGUAGAUCACGGACGAAAGUCCGCAACCGUUUCGUUGUCUAGAUCUGUUCUCGACCCGCUUGUACACUAACAACGAAUCAAGGGCCGAAAAUCUGGCUGUUAGGAAAGGAACUAAAAUUUGUUCACGAAAUACUAUAUGAAGAAAUCUUCACAAUACCGACUUAUCUACGUUUGCUACGCUCAGAUGGAAGGGUAUUGAUGUUACUGCGAUUGAAAGACCAUCACCCAUACCGAGCGUUGGUAAUUUAAAUCCUCUCAUGGUUUUAGGGACACAAAGGGGGAAUAACACAUCGCAAAAUGAUACUCAAAGAGAAGAAGAACUCUCGGCUUAAAUUCCACGCGCGUGCUCGCAAUGAGUGGAAUGGAAAGAAAAUAAGAUGUUCUCGUUCUUAGUCAUAACAACUCGAAUUUACCAUUUCAAAAAAAUUUCUUCUCCAUCUAAACAAACUUCAUGUAAACCACUUCACAGGUCCCCUUUAUGUACGAGCUGGCUCGCCAAUACCUCAGUGGCAAGUGCAAAAUCUAGCAUCCUCAUAUGGUAGUGGAGUGUUUUUACUUCCCUCGUCCCAGUUCUCUUCCGAAGCGCGCCUUUUGGCUCUGGAAAUAUAUGGUCAAACAGCAGGACAAAUAAAAGUGUUUGUAAGUAUCUUCUAAAAUCUAUUAAAAUGAAUAGAGGUUUUCUAUAACAAAACCAAAGCAUCACUCUGGAGAAGACUUGAUUUCUGUACUCUCGAGCUGCAAACCUCCAUAUGGCCCUAUCUUGUUUCACAAGGACACGAAAAUAAAUAGAGGUGUUUUUUCGUCUUGUUGCGAGCGUAGGACAAGGAAAAAAUAUUGAGUCUCCAUGAGGAAUCAAACCUCAGACCUUCGGAUUCCGCGCUUCGAUGCUCUACCACUGAGCCAGAGAGACUCUACGGUAAGUGAGGUGUUUUACGAAGUUCAUACUGCGAGGAUCAGUAAUGUCGAUAGCGUCAUGUUUGUAAAAGAAAUAAAGAAAGAUGUUUUUAUCGUCUUGUCACGAUCGUGGGAAUUUUUUCGCAGCUGUCUUGUUUAAACAAAACAUUGCAGGCUCUUGGGAAUAGAAUUGAAGGAAACAAGACAAAAAAAUAAUGGUGAUUUGAUUUUAUUCUUUUUUUUUCCUUAGGUUGUGAGACCAGUGUGUAAUUCACCAACAUCCUUCUACUGUCUAGUUAAUCAGUCGUGUACGAGCCAACCGUGUACCUCUCAGUUCAUAUACCGGUGUGUAUCUCCCUCUGCCCUCUGCGUAUCAAGUGCUUCUUGUACUUCCUCACCCAGCGGAAACUGCUCUCAGUCCUUCAAGUCAACGACACGGCGCGCAAGUCACUUCAGAAUCACCGCUGACCUAGGUGUUUUGACAAUCACAACAGGCUACAAUCUGAUAGUUCUUCCAGAGAACCAGACUUUUGACGUUUCUCCCGGGGACAUGAUCGCUUGGGGACCUGCAACGGACGGGAAAGUUGCUCAUAAGCCAGGGGAAAACACAGUAUACAAUUUCUCACGCGUCAAUGCGAAAACCCUUCAAAAUGGAGCGGAUAUUUAUAAAAAUCAGUCAACUGAAAUUUCUGACUUGGAUUACAUGAUCAAUAUUGUUGGAUCCCAGGCCUCAAUAUUCGAGCUAGACCACCAAUUCAACCAAUCUGGAGUGUACUGGGCCCGAGUCACAUUUAAGGAUGCUCUCGGAAACACUUUAGCACCGAUAACUCGACAAAUUCUAGCCCAGACUCCCCUCGUUGAAAUCAAAAUUGUUUAUCCAUCAGGAUUUCCCUUUUAUGGAGUUCGAACUAAUCGCAAUAUGACGAUGACAGUCGAAAUUCCCACAGAUUCCAAUGUGACUGUGUCGUGGACGCUUCUCAACACGAGCACUUUGUUGAAACGCCAAGAAUUGCAAAACGCAGGACAGAGUUCUUUACGAGUUCCGCUCAAUAUUACAUUCUCCAGUUUAGGGACGCACGUUAUUCUUGUUGAGGCAGAAAACAUGAUAAGCUCGGUCAACGCCACCAUUUUUGUGAACGUCCAAGACUCCAUAUCUUCUCUAAAUGCUUCAAUAAUUUCGGCACCAGUCUACCUCGGCACCCAGUCAAAGUUGAUUUCCUUUGCUAUUGGAACAAAUGUUCGGUAUAAAUGGAACUUCGGCGAUGGUGCGGUGACUUCCUAUAUUUCCAACACAACUGUUCAUCACCGUUUUGCAAGAACUGGAACUAUAAAUGUUUCUGUUAUUGCAUAUAACCUUGCUUUCAAACGGACAACUUGGUUUCAAGUCCAGGUCCUUCACCCUCUUACUAUUUUCGUACCUAAGCAAAGUUUUGUGGGAUUGAAAUUGAAUGCAUCAUGUUCACUGGUCGGUCCUUUUGAAUCAGACCAAUACUAUUACUGGAAUUUCGGAGAUGGAGUAACUGAGGAAGGAACCAAUAAAACGCAAGUCUUCCACAACUAUACCAAAGGUGGAACGUACCUUGUCUCUGUUAAGUUAAGAAAUGAGGUGCUUGUCAACGCAAGCUCGGAAAUUCUUGUGAUAGAACCAGUUUCAGGACUGACCCUUGAUAACUUUACUGGAGUUGAGCUGUAUGACAAUCACACUUUCGUUGCCAACACUACCAAAGGAAAUAACUUAACUUACGAGUGGUUUCUGCACAGUAACAAUUCCAUAACAAUCAUGAUUUGUACAAGCAACUCGAUGGAAUUCCAUUUUAACCAAACAGGUUUCUAUACCAUCAGUGUAAACGUUUCCAACGCUAUAUCCUCUGCAUUUGCUUCGUUCUCGUUUUCUGUGCAAAGGCGCAUAGAAGGACUGGGUAUCACCGCAUUCCCGAAUCCUGCGCCCUCAAACAGUACGAUAACUUUUAACUUAACCAAAGGUUCGGGAACUAAUGUUAAAUAUCGGCUAGAUUUCGGUGACGGAUUCGUUUUACGGGAAUUUCCCGAGAGCUUCCUCUUUAACCGAACAUUUCUUUCCGGCCAGUGGCAAGUGAUUUUUACAGGAGAGAAUGCUGUUAAUCAUGUGAUUGUGUUCUAUAAUGUGACUGUUCAGGAUCCUGUUAAAAAUAUCACAGUCGGCGUACAGCCUGCGGCUUUAUUUCAUGGUAGAGAGCUUGUGGCAGUUGGGGAAGAGACGCAUUUAUUUAGCAACGUAACUGAGGGCACGGAUGUUUACUUCCUCUGGGAUUUCAAUGACAGCAGUAGCUCCUAUCCACACAAAGGUUCUUUACUUCCCACUGGAGGAUCCAACCACACCAUUACACACUCAUUCCCGAAUAAGGGCCCAUUCAACGUAACAGUGAAGGCUUAUAACGUUAUAAGCCGAUUAUGGUCAUGGAUUUUCGUGUAUGUGCAACAAAGAAUCGAAGGAUUCGCUUUAACUGUGACCGACCCAGCUUCUCCUGGUGAUGAAAUCACUUUCCGUUUUUCACAAAUCAAAGGAGAUAACGUUAGUUAUAUCAUCAACUACGGCGACAAUAGUACAAGUCAAGUCGUCACGACUGAUAAGGUGCUUAAAACUUACAACAACACCGGGGUGUAUAAUGUAACGGUUAAAGCAGUUAAUCAGAUUAGUUCCGACACAGCUGUAAAAACAAUAACGAUACAGCAAAAGAUUCAAGGCUUGGAUUUCAUUUCCACGAUAAAUCCAGUAGAAAUUGGAUCACCCACAGUGAUAUCGUGGAAAAUCGCUGCAGGAAGUGAUGUCAAGUACGUGCUAGAUUAUUCUGAUGGGAGCGCUCUACAAGUUCUGAAUGCGAACGUUGUAGGAAUGAACGUAACUAUUCACCACAACUAUACUUUUUCAGGAGAAUUUACAGUCAAAAUUACUGCGUACAACCUUGUGGGGCCUAAUAAUACUAUACAAGCCAAAGCAGUGGUGGAUGAGAGCAUAGUGGGUCUUGUAGCGUAUGCCCAGAACAGUACUGUAAUUAUGUACGAAAAAGUUGUAAUUUUGACGUCGAUCCUAAAGGGAAGUCGAGUAGAGUAUGAAUACAACUUUGGCGAUGGCUCUGCGCUUGUUACUACAAAAAACAACACAGUGGCGCACACGUAUAGAAAAUCUGGAGCGUUUAAUGUUUCAGUCACAGCUCGCAACGGUCUCGGUAUGGCUACCGUAUAUCUAAAUUCCACUGUGGAAGUAGGAAAACCACGUGCGCCGUUACAGAUCCGGGGACUUAACGUUUCCUGUCAAGCAACCACCCCUGAAAAUGCAAGUGAAAUACGCGUCACUUUCGAGUACGGAUACCUGUUUCAGUGCGAGGUUGACUUUGGAGAUAAUUCAGAACAGAAUUACUCAGACUCAAACCUUCCGUCCCUGCUGCUGCACAUCUAUAGCAGUGUGGGCAGUUUCGAGGUGAUCGUGAAAUGUCAAAAUGAGUUAGGUAGCGACGUAGCUCAAACGAUUGCUUAUGUCGAUGAAGUCAUCACUGGACUAAAAUUCAAAAGUGGAAAUGGUGUAAUUCAUAAGGAAUUUGGUCAGUCGGUUGACGUCGAGUGGAUUUGGGCAACGGGAACAAAUAUCAACCUCAACAUCGUACUGCAUGGCCACGGUCCAAUAGAAAGUCACCGAACUAGUAGUACAUCAGAGUUUAUCCGGCUAGGAAACACCCUAUGCCCGAGCCCGGGAAAUUACACAAUCGAUAUCACACUGUCAAAUUCCGUCACAUCUCCAAAAACGCUCACAGCUGUAAUUAUGUUCACAGAAAGAAUAUCAGAACUAUCUUUGAGCUUUAACCCGGUUGCAAGAACUGGGUAUCCUGUGCCGUUUUUUGUUACUGUUUCUUCAGGGCUGGAUGUCAAAAUUCUUUGGGAUUAUGGAGAUGGAAGGGACAGUGAAAACCACAAUAGAGGCUUUGGAAAUCAGAAAUUUAUCUCCAGUCACUCGUAUAUGUUGCAAGGGACCUACACAGUCGUUGUUUUCACGUCAAAUUACAAUUCGGGAGAAAAUGCAACGGAUAACGUGACCAUUAUGGAUCCUGUACAAGGGUUUUCGUUCCAUCAAAACAACACCUUGAUUUGGCCUUCAAGGAAAGUCGACUUCCGAUUUGUUCGAAACUCCUCCUCGUUUGACUUACUUGGCGCAAAAUACGAAAUCGAUUUCGGAAACGAAAAAGUCUCCAGAGAACGAACUAUCGAUCCCAAAGAGACAAAUUUUACUUACAGUUUCUCCUACCCAGAGCCGGGUUGUUACCAAGCUAAACUGAUCAUAUGGAACUUAGUAAGUCGUGUCGAGUUAACAGCACCUGUUAAAAUCAUGGAGCAUAUCACCAACGCUUCACUGAGAGCCAUGCAUUCUGAAUACUCUGCUCAUCCGGGAGCUGCGGGCGGAGGCCCGACGGGAAACACGUUCCCAUUUGAAUACCCAGUGUCCUUCAGUAUCACUCAGGAUACGGGAACUUGCUUAAAGUACGAUUGGAACUAUGGGGUUUAUGGUGAAUUACGAGAAGUCGCAAAAGCAGUUACAACGCAUCGUUACCCUUUGCCCGGAACCUAUAAUGUUACGGCUAAGGUUUACAACAGCCUCGGGACUAAGUAUUUGCACAGGACAAUUACGUUACAGCAUUCCGUGAUAGGAUUGUAUUUAGUUGUCAGUGGGCCAGGAAAGCCUGGGAGCAACAUCACUUUCGUAGUAUUCUGCGCGAGCUUGGGAACAGAUUCGAAAUUCGUUUUCAACGCAGGCAAUGGGAGUCAAAACGUCACUCUUUAUCGCAAGGGAUUCACUAAUAACACCCAGUUAAAGGCGGAAAGACUUAUUGACCCACAUAUAAUACUUCCAUUUAAUCCAUCGCUUUAUUAUGCAAGAGUUGUUAACCAUGUUUACUUAGAUGAAGGACAAUUUAACGCGCAAGUGUGGGCCUGGAACGAGGCCUCUAACCAAAGAGCUGGGGCUUCAGUUCUAGUGGCCAACGAAAAUGUCCCUAUUCCUAUCGUUAAAGUGAUUGGAGGAACAAACAGCCCAACGAAUGAUGCUGCACUGAGCUAUGGAAGGCAGUUUACCCUGACCUCGCAAGUGACAAUUCAAAGCGAAAAACUGUUCGUCGCGGCUUUUAGUUGGGUUGUUUACAAAGCAGACACAUCAUCGCCUCAUCUACAGCUCCCCCCUGAGUCAGGAAGAGAAGUGGGGUAAGUUGUAGUCUUGGGUCGUCCAUUUGUUGACGUCAAUAACCAUAAAAAAUGAAAGCAGCGUGUUACAAUUUUUUUUAUUUUUAUUACAAGUUUAUUUCAUAAGACGCCGCGCGAACUUUUGCUGAUUCCUGAGGGAAAAAAAGUUAUCGAACAAUUUUUUUCAAACUUUCCGUCAAUGUUCCCAAAUAUUUUUGUGUCGAAAAAUACAACAACAAAGAUAGGUCACCGUUCAUGUUUAAAAGAUAUGAUGGGCCAAACUUACCCCAUAUGUGUCUGUACUGGCACCAAUCACGCACGUCAUUCCAUCACUUUACGGUACAUUUUGCGAUAUCUGAAAGCAAGGGCUUUUAAAGCAAAACUUGAAAAAAAAACCUGAUGAGUAGAAAGUCUCUAGCGUAUGGAAAAAUUUGACUUAUAAUUUGCGGAAAAAUAGCGCAAUUUCAAACGACAUAGACUUAAAACCCUUCUUCCAUCCUUCGUUGCCUUCAAUAAACGAACGAAAGUCAUCGUAACACUGAGACAUUUCACAUAUAUCUUAUACUAAAAUAUACUAAAAUAUUCAGCGCCAUAAUAUUAUCGAUGAUAUUAUACAUUCAGCUUCGGAUAGUAAGAUGCAUUUUUUCAUUCGUUUUUCACAGUCUGCCUCCAGACGUCUUGAAAAAUCAGUCCUCAUUGGUUAUUCCCGCUUUUGGCCUGCUCCCUGGCGAAUAUAUCUUUCGACUCAAGGUGACAAUAAUUGAUCCAGAGAUCGAUAACGCUGAUUUCACCUUCAUCAAAAUUUCUGGAGCUAAUAUCGAGGCUAGCAUUGCCGGUGGGCAUUUGAGAUCACAUGAUUGGGGACAAAGACUCUUUUUGGAUGCGUCCGAGUCACAUGAUCCACUGUCCCAAGGAAACGAAAAUUUGAUUUUUGUUUGGUUUUGCCAAAUUACCAAAACCAUUGCUGGUAUCAAAAAUUCUGGACUUGGUUGUUUUGGCAAUGGGGAUGGCCAGGUUGAAUACACGGGGAUAACAUUUCCUGUUGAAGCAAAGCAGCUUUUUGAAUCAACAACUUACGAGUUCACAGUAAAUGUGAGUUCUGUAAAGACCGGUCGCUGGUCAACAGCAAACCAGCUGGUGAUAGUGUUAACGGGGAAUCCCCCUGACAUCAAAAUGCGGUAAGAGAGAGAUGUUUUUAAUUUCCAAUCUGUUUUCAUUUUUUGCAUCGUUAGCCAAACUAGCUACUCUUUGGGUUAAUCUUUCCAUAUUAGUAAUUUUCUUCCGCAUUCAACUUAUUUUGUGGUUUUUUUCGUGUUCAAAAUAAUCUUUCGUAUCUCAAGUUUCUUAAUUCUUACCUUACUGUCGGUUUUAGUUGUGUUUCCAAUUGUGGGAAGUACUUAGAUCCUUCCAGAAGACUUCAUCUCAGCACAGAAUGUUUGGAUUGUGUCAGGGACCAACCUCUAACCUACAGCUGGUCUGUAAUGAACGGAAAUGCAUCCGCGCCAUUUGCGGUUUGGCCAGAGCGAGCUCUCACUCCUCUCAACUCUCCAGAAGCUCUUAUUCUUGCAGGGACAUUUAACAACAGCAGUGAAUACAGAAUCAAAGUGACCGUGAGUCGGCCAAACUCAGGUGAUUGUUUUCAUUACACUAAUAAUCAUCAACUGAUCAUCUAAGAUGAAUAUUAAUUAAUUAUCAAUUACCAUUAACUAGUCGAGAAGUGCACUACCAGUCAUUCAGAAGUCAGUAUACGGCGUGCUUUUAUUAAGUUGAAAACAUUUAGGCCGGACACUUGUUCAGGCCAGCAAUGCAAUACGGCAAUGAACUAAAUUGUAAAAACUUUACGAAUCGAUUACAAUUUGCACAAUAAUAACUUAGGAUUAAAAAUCUAUGAUGCUCUAUUAAUUUGAAGCUUUUGCAUAGGGGAGAAAAAGCGGCUUGUAACAAAGGUGCAUAUUUGAGAAGAACCGUGUAACAGAGCGUUUGCCAUGGAGGCAUAGCUAGGAUUUCACACAGUUGACAGUUUCGAAUUCUCGUGCGUCAUAACUGACGUAGCUGAUACUACUACCUCCUUGAAAAUCAGCAAGCUAAUAGUUAGCGGUGAGAGAGAUUGGCACUAGUUUAAAGGACAAUAUCGACUGUUAAUCGUAUAUUGCAAUUGUUUGGGUUGGAGUACAUUUGAAAUUGUAUUUAUUUUAUACUCCUCCUUGAAUUAACUCUUUUACUGAUCCAGCGGUCACCUUUACAAAAGAGAAAAGCUGAAGUAUACUCCUUUGUUUAAAUUCCUUGCCUGUUCUUAAUUUCACACGUUUUUCUUCAUGCUUUCUUAAAAGCAAGCCAAGGCAUCGCAGAAUAUAUCAUACUCACAAACACCCCACCACAAGGAGGCACAUGUGACGUCACACCCCGGGCAGGCAGGGAACUGGAUACGAGAUUUAAUUUCUCGUGCAGGGACUGGCAGGAUGAGCAUCAACCACUGACUUAUGAGAUGUUUAUCACACACCCGGCUGACGGAAAGGUACCAGGUUCCCCUCGGAAUGGUGAACUGGUCUUCUUUGGUCCUUCAUUACAGGGCCAAGAAGUGCUACUUCCGGUUGGCAAAGACGAAGCUCGCUAUUUCAUUAGUGUUGUCGUGUUGAUAAAAGACGCCUUUGGAGAAUUUUCGAAAAUAACGCUGCCAAUUCAGGUAUUACUUUCGUUUUGGAGAAAAGCAAUUAAAUUAUCAUCCGAAGUGACACGAGGAGUUCCCUAAUGUAUCAUGAAGAUGUCAAAUUUGAGAUGUUUUUCCUUGCUCGUUUAUAAUUUUUCAGGUUAAGCCGAGAAAUGUGACUCAAAAGGAAAUUACAGAUAAAACCCUCAACGAAGAUAAUCAGCUAGAAAAGGAAAUUGGUCGCGGAGCACUGCAAGAAGUUGUACAAAUCAUACACGUCAUUAGCGACAUACUCAACAGUCAUGAUGGCGACGAUGUGUUUGAGGAGGAGGUCAAGAAAGAGGUAUGUUUCAGUCAGAAAAUCACAGUAACGUUUUCACGAAAGAAAGAAAUGAGCAAACAGUGCACUGUUUAGAGAUUACUGAUCAGAGAACUGAUCUCAAAAUCUCGAAACCUUCCGAGAACAAGAGUUACGAUGAAGUUUAAACGAGUGUUUAAUGAAAAAGAAUACGACGACAAGUACCCGCGAAAUGCUACCGCUGAACCAUAGGAACGUCUUGUUUAGGUGUUUACAUUUAACGCCGCGUGAGAUAGGGAAUGGCAGCACACGUUUAUAAAACGACCGAACUUCUUCCUACCUGCAACGACAUUGAUUAUUCAGAUUUCUUUAACUGGGGUUCUCAAGCGGUAUCUCAUUGACACUCUUGAUCGGAAAAUUAAGGAGCACUAUGAGAGAAAUCCAAGACUCUGGCCGAAAACGCUACGCCUUGACGGCAGAAUAUUACUCCGAUAACGUAGACCUUUAUUAGAUUUUAAUUACGCGCUCUGCAUAUGAAAAGAGGAGGAACGUAAAAAUUUGAAAUUCAGAUAACGGAGUAACAAUUUCUUUACUUACUAAAAAUCUGGCAUACGGUGAAAUUGAAAGUUAGCCGUCUUAAAAUUAUUGGUUGAUCACUUUGUCGUCUCUUUUUAAUAGGUUCGGUCGGCGAUGGUCGGGUACCUGGCCGAGAUUCGUCCUCAAACCUUAAAUGAUGUAUCAAUCGUGUCGAGGUCUUUGAACUCCGCAACGGCUGUUCCCUCUGAGACUGAAGUAGAGGCGCAGGUAAGAAACCACAUUUGUAGAACUGACAGAUUGGGAUCAAAAAGUUUUUAGCUGCUUGAUCGAGUCUGCUUCACUUCUUGCAAUCUAGCGUCUCUACUAAGAGAUCAUCGAAUCUCGAAUGGUUAGGACUUCGGCUCCACACUCCCAUGUUGUAAAAAGUGGGUUGUACACAAGCGUGGUCUUGUCUGAACAAUGCAUGUGUUCGUCGUUUUGGCUAGUGGCUCCUUAAUGUUAUUAUUCAUAAACGUGCAAAAUUAAAACUAAGUUUCGUACGGUAUGACUUAAGAAACUUCCAGGCCCUACAAGGUUAAAAUUUUUCCAUAGCCGCCAUCUCCUUUGCUUUAUGUCAGAUUCAUUCAAACCAAUCAGGAAGCUAACAAAUGUUCAUCAUAACAAACGUUCAUCACAUUACCAGCAAUGCGAGUCAUAUUGCGUCUCAAAUACCGUACGUCAAUCAAAGAUUACUUUCAAAAUGGCUUCCCGAAGAUACAAAGAAAUGUAUGGGAUCUGAAAUAAAAUCUUAUUUUUUGGCAGUUUAAAUAAAUUAAAUUCUACGUGCAACCUUUACCUGAGCUCGCGAAUGUCCUGUAGGACGCGAAGAACGACCACUUUCCAUCGUUUUCUUCGUGAAAAAAGUCGCCAUAUUUACUUCAGCUUAGCAGCCUAGCAUUUCCACGCUUUUUACCGCUGUUUUAACAAUCUGCAGACUCCUACAAGCGCCAAAUCGCGCCAAUUAUAAAAAACAAAACUUGUAUCACUGUGAGCUCAUUCCAGUCUGAUGCAACUGAUGCGCUCUGUAGUCUUUCCACGGUAACAGUGGGGUUGCUGUAUGCCCUAGAAAGUUUUUAAUGCAGAAAACAAAACAUAAGAUUGGAAUCGAAAACGUGUUACGGUUAAGACGAUCAAACCAUCUUCUAUAAUGAAGCUCACAUUUAAGCUUAAAAUCACCAUCGAAAACAAACUAAAUAUACCUGAUAAGAUGCUCAUUCAAAUGAGCCGAAGGCUCCCACGUGCUUGUCCACAAUGGCCAGUCCUUCCAUUUUACUAGGUAUUCAAAGUCCUGAAAUUGUCAGAGAUUGAUUAGAGCUGUUUAUGAACUUACUUCGAUUGUAGUAUAAAUUUCAUCCGAAGUAAAAUAUAGCUGCAGGAACAUAAAAGGGUCAAUACACAUACCUCGUUCUUCAAUCUUCGCCGGCUGAUAAGUCUCUCCACAAAAUAAACUUUAGAUCCGCUUUUAAAUUUUCUCCUUCCUUUCAAAUGAACUUCUAAAUCCACUGUAGAAAGAACAUUUAGUGCUUUAUAAUCAACUCGAUUCCUCCGCGGAAAUCUACUUCGCUCCAUGUUUACAUGAAAUCUGACGCCAUAGCGCAUGAACAGUAGAACCUGAAGAAACUACUGACCUCGCGGACCGCGGGAGUAAAAUGUCUCGGAUUGCUGGUAAUGAUAACAUUUUUGUAUAUCAAUAAUGGUAAUAGGACUGAGUGGAGUCCAAUUCGGACUGUAACCAUACGAGUAAUUCACAAAAUCUAGCAUGACUCCUAUACUGUUCUAUUAUUAUGUAAUUGUUAUGCUCAGGUUCAAGCAACGAAGCUGCAUACUAAAAUGGUGGCCUUGAUGACAAAAGAGUCCCAAGCAGAGGAGGACGGGGGCAUCAUCGAAAACAUCUCUGGUGAAAUACUUGAAGGACUGUCUAAUACAUUACUGGCUUCUACCAAAAGUAGUGCUGAAAGUUUGAAUGAAACGACCAAAAACGUCACAGAGGUUAACGUUCUGUAUUUGUUUUAUUUCUAUGCGACAAUGUUCCAUGGGUUUCAGUAGAAUGAUGCCACGUCAAAAUAGGUACAAUAUCGAAAUAGAUGUAACACUAAAACAAAUCGCGCGAGCGUCUCGCUGAUCCUGAGGUUGGUCACGUGCACGAUCACUUGAACUCCUUUUUGUAUUUUUCCUCAGUUUGAUUGGCAGUCGAGAUUAUGAUGGUUUUAUUUCAAAAUACUGUUUUCUAGGUUACUUGUAGAAAGUUUUUCGACCGAGAGUUAGUUUGAAACUAAAUCAUCGUACACGUAACGGCCGAUUAGACCACGCAAAAUGCCAGAGAAAGCCACUGAGAAUUCAAAUGAAAUAGAAGAAACCAAGCGCGAGAAUAUACAAAUGACCGAGUUUCAAUUCCUUUGUUCUUUAAUCUACUUAGUCGAGGGUGUAGCAGAAGUCUCCUAGGCCAGUCAUAAAGCGUAAUGAAGAAUAGCCAACCUAAUCAGGAAUUUUUUUAGGCACACAAUUAAAAUUGCCUCGCAGGAAAUCAAUCUCAUCCCUGGUCAUGAUUUCCGCUCUACAUUCUAAGAAAUGGAAUUGUGUAUUUUUUUAUUCCAGGAAGUCACAUUCAAAGUCCUUCAGCUUGUGGAUGACGUGUCAGACGCAGUGCUUCGCCCCAUGACACUCAGCCAGAAACCGCUGGUCAUAAAUACCAGGAGCGUGGCUGUUGGGUUGUCUAAACGAAAGCCUGAUAACCUAGCCGGGAUCGCAUUGAAUGUGGGAGGAGAGAGUCAGUUCGUACUACCUCACAAAGUAAGCCUGGUUAAUGAAACGACCAACUCGUACGUCACAACCACGGUGAGUGUUAGGAUUUGGGGUUUUUCUCUUCUGUAUUGUUUUGGUUUUAAAUUGUGUUUUUCAUUGUCUCGAUUAAACUUCAUGAAACGCCAAUAAUCAUUUUUUGACCUUACUUAGGUGACUGAGUUAUCUACCAAUCCAUUCCAAAGUUCCGGUAAUUUCACGUUGGUCAAAUCGAAUCCUUUAUCUUUGGUGCUAAAAGGGAGUGACGGAGAGGCUAUCCCUGUUGAAGAUCUGACAUCACCAAUCGAUAUAUUACUGCCUCGAAAGGAAUCUUUGCAGGUACCUAUAUCCCACUGAAUGAUAAAAAGUUGUUACCUGUUCGAAUCUAAUACUUCAUUCGUGAGAAGCAUUUCUUUGCUUGUAGGAAAUUAUGAAGCCUCGCUUUGUUGUAUGUCCCGCAACUUCAUGGUGAAAGCGAUUAAAAAAAAGAAAGAAAAAAAAUCCUCAAAUCCUCUCGCGGGCUGAGAAACACGCGUCUUGCAGCGUUGAUAAUGAGGCUCGCAUGUUUAGGCACUUUCCUAACUUUUCUCGCCAUAGGUUGCGCUGAACAUCUCACAAACUCCUUCUUCCGACGGAUCAAUGACGUUUCACAAAGUUUCCGUUCCUAACAACGACAGCGUCAUUAUAGCUAAAGUUCUCCCACAAGACAAGAGGUCAAAAUUUACUCUUUACAUUCGCUACAACGAACAGCCUUCACUAACUAACCAUGACUUCAAAACAAGUCUGCCAUUCGAGGAUUCUACGUUGGAUAACUACACGAUGUUUGUGUUACAAGAGCAGAUGAAAGGAAAAGGGGAUUACUACAUUGGGGUGUUACCCAUUGCGUAUGACAGAGAAGCGGUAAAGACAGUAGUAAAUUAUACUUUUGACGUGAUCUGUUCUGCUUGCUAUUUCUGGGAUGAGGAGGUCAAGGAAUGGAGCACUAAAGGAUGUCAGGUGAGGAGUGUUUCAUUGUAGCAGAAAUACUUUUAAUGACGACUUAAAGUAUCCACGAUUCUGCUACCGUCAUUUUUUCAAUUUGGUGUCGUAUAGUAUGCUAUCUAUGGUAACCUCCGAAAACACAAAAAAUAUCCGAUCGCAAAAAAGUGAACGGGAAGAUUUAGCAUUUAGACUUCGUAUUAGAUACUCUUUCUUUACUUUUUUCUUUAUUUUUUUCUUUUUUUUUACCGAUAAUAAGUCAUCCAAAACUUUAAAUUAAUUUAAAAGUGCAAAUGGAAUUUUUAAGCCAAUAAACUGCACCAAAUUUGUGUGCUAUGUAAAAUGUAGAGUGAUCUUGACGUGCCUAAAGUCACCCAUACACUACAAAACAUUUUUAGCUAGUAAAACUUUGACAAAAUUGCUUUUUAACAGCAAUAUAAAGCUAUUCUCUGACCGGAAUCUCAGAUUUGCCAUUGAAUAUUUAAAGAUUAAAUAAAUGUUCCUUCUAGGUCAGCAACAAAACCAACCGAGAUCUAACAUACUGUCAGUGUUCACACUUGACAUGGUUCGGUGCAGAUCUGUUUAUUCCACCAAAUAAGCUGGACAUUAAAGACUCUUUCAAGAAGCUCGCCAAUAUUCAUAAGCAUCCUGCACUGCUGGCGACCUUCUGCACAAUCAUUUGUCUGUAUGUAGUGGGGCUCGUGUGGGCGAGGAGAAAAGACAGGCGAGAUGUCGACAAGGUUUGUGUCAUAAGAUAAUUUUUAUCUGAGUUUUGAAUUUAUCCAGGUUUUCUUUGGUUUUGCUUUUCUUCGUCUGGUGAUUUGCCUAGUAAAAUUCUUCUCAACCUAUCAGAUGCAAAACUAAAAGUUCUAACUGAAUGAUGCUUAGAGUCAGCAGAACCAAAGUAUCCUGCCUCACAAUUAAUGUAAUUAUUGUUUAAAAGUUAUUGAUACAAAUCUACCAGCGUCCUAUCUCAAAUGCUGCAAUCUGACUGGUUAAGAGAAUCGCUAAGUAGUCUGAUGGUGUGCAGCUGCAGAUAAAGACAAACAAAAGAACGUGAGCCGGUUUUCUUGUUUUGUUUUGAGCGACCAGUAAAUUUAUACUUUCAAAAAUUAACUCAUUCGCUCUUUAAUUCUAUGCUUGAAAGUUGAUUAGUGGCUUGCCCUCAUCAACUAUCACGCGAUAGAAAUCUCGAGAUCAUAAUUUAAGUGUACAUUCAAUCAAGAAGGCGGCUCAGGGCCACUUAAUUCUGCUACGGAAUGAUCAUGGUCUCUUAACCACACUUCUUUUUAAAUGUCUUUUCUUCUUUAGGUUGGUCUCGUACCAGUCCUCGAUAACAAUCCAGCGGACAGAUAUCGCUAUGAAGUCACAGUCCACACAGCACGUGGCAAGGACACAGGGACCACAGCAAACGUCUCCAUCCUUGUUGCAGGUGAGGACGGACAGAGCGCGGUGCAUAUGCUGAAGAGCACAUCCAGGUCGUGUUUAUACCCAGGCGGAGUAGACUCUUUCCUUAUCACUACGCCUGAAUGUCUGGGAAGUCUGACAUAUAUCCGUAUAUGGCACGAUAACACGGGCAAGAGCCCCUCCUGGCUACUGUCACAAGUUGUCAUACGGGAUAUUGACACGGAAGAAAAGUUCUUUUUUCUGUGCAACCAAUGGUUGGCGUGUGACCAAGGUGAUGGACAAGUUGAUAGGCUACUUCCUGUGGCGGGAAAAGACGAAUUGCGUGAUUUUAUGCACCUUUUCAAAGCAAAGACGAGUCGUGACUUUUCCGACGGACAUUUGUGGUUUUCUAUCGCUUUUCGACCUGUGCGGAGUCGUUUCACAUGCGUGCAGCGUGUCUCAUGUUGCUUGUCUUUGUUGAUGUGCUCGAUGUUGGUAAACGUAAUGUGGUAUCGAACACCGAUGAAACAACAAAACAGCGUCAUCAUAGACCUGGGGUUCUUUGAAUUCACUUGGCAUGAGAUUCUUAUCGGCAUUCAGUCCAGUUUAAUUGUCUUCCCAAUAAACUUGCUAAUAGUUCAGUUGUUCCGGAAUAGAGGGGUCAGUCCUAAGACCAAGAAAAAAUACGUUGAGAGAACUCGCACAGAAUUCAGUCCUCCAACACAAAACCCUCGUAAACAGACUGCGGUAUCGCUUAGUGACAUUACGCCCACAGCUCCUCAGGUGGGGUCAGAGGAUAGACGACAAAGGAAUGUGCAGUUGAAGAACUUAACCAGCAUUCGUUCACCAGUGACGGUGCGCCAGGACUCAUGGGAUGACGAAUUGUUUUGUACGUUACUGGAGACCCAGAUAAGUUUCUCAAAGAAGGAGAUGCAAAGCAAGGGAGAGAAAGUUAAGAAAGAAAAAAUGCCAAUUAAAAAUGAUCAUGAGGGAGAGGUACCAGACUAUUUGUCCUCGGAUAUUUAUUACUACUUGUACAAAGACGAGGCAAUCAAUUACAACAGAGGUAAGAUAUUACUUAAAACUAAUUUAUCCUUUCAUUGACAUUCAAUCUUGUCUCCUUCCCUUUCCCGACCAUAACGCCUUCCGUGUGUCUCCUCUCUAGAAAAGCUUGUAGAGAAUAUACAUAUGUUUCUUCAAAUCAAUGUUUUCUCUGAGACCUUCAUUGUAGAAGCUACAGGAAAUUUCUUUCAUUCUUUUCAAAGUUCGCCCUGAGUCUAUCGGCAGUAACGAGUCCGUAAACACAACUACUGCGCUAGUGCCUCUGGAAAAACCCAAGAAAAAGAGAAAGCUGAAAAUGAAAUGUCUCUUUCCAUGGUGGUUUGUUUACAUUGGUUGGUUUUUGUGCCUAUCCACGGCAACUGUGGCAGGAUUUUUUACGCUUUUGUACGGGCUAAACUUCGACAACAAACAGCAGGCAGAAUGGCUUAUUUCCAUGUUUGUGUCGAUGGCACAAGACGUGUUGGUCAGUCAACCAAUCAAAGUGAUAUUAAUGGCAGUUUUAUUCGCUCUACUCCUGAAGAAGCCACAAGAUGAAGACGAUGACGUCAUCAACGCCGAGUUGGCGCGCGACGAGGAAUGGCUCGAGCAAAAUCUCCCGCAUGUGCAAAAGGGUAACGCAAAGGUCGCUGAUACACAAUGCCACCGCCCACCAGAUAAGGUGUGUGUCGUUGUAUAAGUCCGGUUCUUACGUUUCUGUGGUUGUUUUGAAUUGUUACGUUUCUCGUUUAUGUAACGUGUUUUUCGUUGCCUUUUGAUUCUUUUUUGGAAUUUGUGUUCCAUAAUCCACAAAAUCCUCGCGGAUUAGACACCUAAGCUAACCUUCAGCUCAUUUUCCAUCGGUCGAGUUCUGCCCCAUUUACCCCGAAAAUUCAACUUUGUGACUAUUCACUGCUGCUCUUGUGAUUGAAAAUUCAAGUGCUGUAUACGACGUUGGUAGUUAAUAAAUGGCUGGCGUGUGAAGUCUUUUCAUAAUUUUAAACACAAAGGUUUCAUAGGCGAAAGUUCUCGUGCACGACAUGUCGCAUUAAAGGAAUAUCUGGCGCCUCAAGCUUUGGAAGCUAUCUCCCUAGUUGGUGUGCGUACCUUCGCUUUCAGUGCAUAAGUGUUUAAACUCUGGUACGCAUUUAAUUAUCCAGGCUUGAGAUGAAAAUCAUCUUUGAGUCAUCUUGUAUAAAAUCGUACAUUUAGAAUUAUGUUUGAUUAAAUUUUAUCUUAAUGCUUAGCAAAGUUGAAAUGAAUGAGGCACUUAGCCCGACAGACGUGCGUAUUGUUUACUCUGACAAAAAUUUGUCCCUUGAUAAUUCUGAUUUCAGUUUUCAUUUGUUUUUCCAGGUACUGCUAAACGUUGCACGAGUCCGUUUGUUUAAAGAGCGGAAGAUGCACUCUGUCAUACGGGAAAUAGUAUUUUACUUCCUGUUUGUCUGGGUGGUACUUUUGAUAGCCUACGCCCACAGAGACCCGUAUGCACAUCACAUGACACAAAACAUGGAAAAUCUUUUCGUUGGUAACUACGAUUCUCUCGGUUAUCGCGAUGAAGACAAAAUCGACGUCAAGAGGAGCACCGCUUCACAGAACAACGGCAUCAAACUUUACGAGGUUAGUACAUGUUACACAGAGAAUUUUUUGUCUUUGAAAAGAUUGUGAGUUACAACAUGAUGUUUAUGAGAAUGGCAAACGGCAAAUAUCAGCUAUGAUUUUACCUUCUUUUCCUCUGAUCGUUCAAUUAACCUUGAAGGAAAAAAAUCCAAAACAUUUCUUGUUCACAACGUGAGUGAAAUCUUCGUUUUGGCGCACAAACGGCAGAACUGAGAGGACAAGAAAAUAAUUUUUUUUUUCUGAUUUUGUCGCUAACGUUAGGAUUUUAUCCAACGACGGAUUUAACCCAUGCCAGGCCAUUGGUAGGCACUACUACUUCUAUUGUUGAUUGGGCAUCCCUAAACAAUUAAGCCACAUGUUUGCAGCGUGGAAACUUUUUAGAUAGUUAUUCGUACCGCGGAAACGGAUUAUACAAUUAAUCAGUACUUCCUUUUAAAAAUUAUUGAUCUUUUGAUUGCGGUAAAGGACCAGUGUCAAAGUCAGGGGUUUGAUUUAAGUUUAAUUAUAACUUGCCGCAGGGGAGAAAAAGUUUACAACAAUUCUCAUUUUCCCUAACGUUAACUGUUUUUCAUAGGUCUCUAAUGUGAACGACUUUUGGGAAUGGGUUGAACAGACACUCGUCCCAGGUCUCUAUAACAAUGGCUGGUACAACGGCAAGUCUGGACGGGCAGGCUUUUUGAAUGACAAGAUGUCAUUUGUAGUCGGCGUUGCCCGAAUGAGACAGCUGCGUGUUAAAAGCGGUAAGGAAACGAAGGCAUUUGCGUCGUCAACAGGGAGCUAGUGAAGAGAUACCGUAUUGAACCUAAAGUUUGCGAGAGUUGCAUUUUCGAUUCUUUCGGUUUUUGGUUUGUUUUUUGUUUUCUUUUUUGUAGGAAUAAAUUUUUCCGUUCUGAGGUAACUGAAAUCUCAGUAAGGAACUGAUAUUUUUGCAAUUUUAGGUAAAAGUUGUAGAGAAUUUACAAGGAAAGAAACGUAAACGAAGUUGUCGAGAUAUACAGAGAGGAGUUACUAGUUGUUUCGGUACUUAAUUCAUUAAUGGAUAUUUUGAACGGGUCUGAAAGCGAAUAGUACGAGCUACUAACACUUCAUUAGCGCGAAAAGUUCUCUGUUUGACUGAAGGCAAUUAAAAAGUCUCCAAAACCAGUGUUAAGCAAUCAGCCUUACCUUGUUGGCCAAUCGGAUGUGACUCCGUAACAAAUUAUCAAGGGAAUUUUGGUCAUUUAAUAACAAAGGGCUAACGCUCGAAACGUCACCUUUAUAAUGUCUUUCCGGUGGCCAAUUUACAUAAUCAACUCUAUUGAUAAAACCAAAUUAUAUAUUGAAAUACCCCCAACCAAAUCAGUACCACAAUUUCUUUAGAAACCUUCCUCCUACCUUUAUUCAUUUAUCUACUAAGGAACUGUCUCAUUGGUUUUGAAACAGUUCUCAGUUUUAGCGAGUUUCACUCCGAUCGAAUAAUUGGUUUUGCAACUUUGCGGUCGUUUGAUCCUACGUCUCCUGUCUUUCCCGCUCAAGUUUUCUUCCUAUCUGAUACCUAAGUUGACAGUUAACCAAACUAAUGCUACUCAAAGCAGCUAAAAUUGCAGAAUAGGAAGGGAAAAAUAGUAUUGAGCUUUUAUAAUUUGUUUUUUACCAUUUUUAGGAACAUGUAAAGUUGCAAGUGCUUUUAAUGUUCACAUGCCGGAUGCCUGUGAUGAUAAGUAUUCCUGGGACUCCGAGGAUCGGACCCCUCAAUACGCGCCCGGUUGGAAACUGACCAAUCAAAAUGCUUCUUCCUAUCCAGAGUACAGCGCAUGGCGCUACAGGGGUACAACUGAACUGAAAUCCCGACCUUUCCUCGGUCAUCUUGCACUUUAUCGCGGAGGGGGAUAUAAAGCAGACUUUGGGUCAACAAUAGAUGGCGCUAGAACUGUGAUAAGUGACUUGAAAUCAAACAACUGGGUCGACAAAUACACGCGCGCUGUAUUUGUCGAGUUCACUGUUUACAAUGGAUACAGCAAUCUCUACUGCGUGGCGAACUUGCUGCUGGAGUUCACGGCUGCUGGUGGUGUAGUUCCCUUUAUUCAGUUGUUAUCAACACGUAUAGACCGCUACGUUGGAAAUUUUCUACUCUUUGUCUUAAUAUGUGAAGUUUCUUUCGUUGUCUUCACCAUUAUCUUCACCUACCGCGAGUUCAAAAGACUUCUAAAGACGGAUUUGAAAGAAUACCUCACUGCGUUCUGGACCUGGAUCGAGAUAGCUCUGUUAAGUCUAUCCUGGACAAGUAUCGCUCUGUACUUCAUCAGAUUCGCGCUGGACAGGUUCACCAAAAAGACUUUUCGAGAGAACCCUAAUGAAUUCGUCAACUUCCACCAUCUUGCUCUCGUCGAUCAGUUAUUUGGUUACGUUUAUGCGUUUGUUGUGUUCAUGAUAUCUGUGAAGUUUCUUCGACUUUUCAGGUUUAACCGCCGUAUGUCGCUUCUCGGAUCCACUCUCAAGUGCGCAGCGAAGGAGCUCCUUCACUUUGGAAUCAUCUUUGGACUGGUUUUUGUCGGAUUUUCUCACCUGUGUUACUUGGUAUUUUCGCACGAGCUGUACAAAUUCCACACUUUUGUCACCACGGUGGAGACCCUUAUCAGUGUUAUGCUCGGAAAGUUUAGUUACGUCACUCUGGAAAAAGCCAACAGGGUGCUGGGCCCGAUGAUGUUCUUCUUCUACAGUAUAGGCGUGGUCUUCAUUCUUGUGAACAUGUUCCUGUCGAUUAUCGUUGAGAAUUUCAAGAGAGUGAAACGUAACAACGACCUUCAGUCUAACGAGUACGAGAUCGUGGACUUCAUGACGGAACAUUUUAUGAACUGGUUAGGUCUAACGUCAAGAUCGAUUUUCAAAAAUCGAGUAUUCUCUGAGAGGCAUCUACAGCAGCCUUUGUACAAAAAAAGAAAGAAAAUAGAUAAAGCAGCAGAGUUGAAAGACAAAGUCGAUCGACUGGUCUCGCUCAUUCAAAGGGUUCACUUUGAUAGCAAUGAUGACGACUUCCUCAGAAACGAUGGAGAAGUGACUUAUCAAAUUCCUGAUAUAAAACUCGAAACUUAUUGUUAA